AUGGCCAACCAGUCAACCCUCCGACCAGCUCUAUCCUCGCUGCUUCAGCAAUACAUAAAGCUUCUGCGCUCAUCUCCGAAGUCUCUCCGCAUCUUAGCUGCGACAAUACUAUGCGCAACACUCGGUGGGCUCUGGGAGCGCCGCCGCCGUUACAGAAAGGCAGAUGAAGGUCGAGGACGGGUAUUAGUCCGACGGAAUUCCGCCAUCCAGCUGAAAGAUGGUUCGCGAUUGAUCUACGUCCCCUACAAAAAGACCACUGCAAAAGUGGUCAUAAAUCCAACAAAGUCUACCACCUUCGAUGCGCAUAGACGUCUAUUCCUCGAGCCUCCAGGGGGUCGAGGUUUUAAAUCUCAAAGUAGCCUGGGGGGCGGGGAGGGCCCGCCAGUCAACACUAAGCCUGGGCUGAAUCUGGCAUUUUUGCACCAGUUUCUGAGUCUUCUCAGUAUCAUGAUACCGAGGUUAACAAGUAAAGAGAGUUUCUUGUUGUUGCUACACACGUUCUUUUUGAUCAGCAGGACGUACCUGAGCUUGGUGGUUGCACGACUUGACGGUGAGAUCGUUCGAGAUCUUGUCGCGGGGAACGGGAAAGCAUUUGCUUGGGGAAUUGGUAAAUGGCUAAGCGUCGGCGUACCAGCUGUCUAUUGCAAUGCAAUGAUAAAAUUCCUCCAGUCGAAGAUCUCUAUAGCAUUCCGCACGCGACUAACGCGGUACAUCCACGAUCUGUACCUAAACGAUAAACAAGCUUAUUAUAAGCUACAGAACCUAGAUGGUGGACUUGUGGGUGGCGGCGCUGACCAGUUCAUAACGUCUGAUCUGCCGUUAUUUUGUGAUUCAGCUGCCGCACUGUACUCAUCUCUUGGGAAGCCAUUUUUGGAUUUGGUUGUUUUUAACUAUCAGCUUGCAAGAUCAUUGGGACCACUUGCACUGGCGGGAAUUUUGUUCAAUUAUGGCGCAACUGCAUGGAUGUUGAAGAAAUUUUCUCCCCCAUUUGGAAGGCUCGCUGCUGCUCAGGGGAGAAAAGAGGGAGAUUUCAGAGGAUUACACACACGCUUAAUUGGCAAUGCCGAAGAGGUUGCAUUUUAUGGUGGCGCGGAAAUGGAGAAGGGAUUCCUAGAAAAAGGUUUCAAGGACCUGAAACAGCUGAUGGAAGGCAUUUACAGUAUGAAAAUCCGCUACAAUAUGCUUGAGGACUUUGUCUUGAAGUACGGCUGGUCGGCACUAGGAUAUCUUUUUACAUCUCUCCCCGUGUUUCUCCCCGCUUGGGGUGGUCUCGGCGGCCUUGUUGAGCUCGCUGGCGCAACCGCAGGUACCAGUCGCGAAACAGACAGGAUGAAGGGGUUCAUUACCAACAAGCGCCUCAUGCUCUCACUCGCUGAUGCCGGUGGCCGUAUGAUGUACUCUUUCAAGGAUCUUUCUGAGUUAGCAGGCUACACUUCCAGAGUGUAUACACUAGUAUCGACCCUUCACAGAGUCCACUCUAAUUCCUACUCGACGCCAAGACCAGAGCUGUACGGCGCGGCAGAUAUUCAAGGUACACUGCAUAAAGGUUUCGAUGGUGUGCGGCUCGAGGGCGUUCCAAUCGUUGCUCCAGGCCUUUGGCCACGGGGUGGUGAGGAACUUGUCGACUCACUCGAUAUCACCGUCCGGGAAGGCGAGCACCUUCUCGUUCUUGGUCCUAAUGGAGUUGGUAAAUCGUCCAUUUCUCGCGUAGUAGCUGGUUUGUGGCCCGUUUACCGCGGCCUUGUUUCCCGUCCCCGACAAGGCGGUAUGGGAGGAAUCAUGUUUCUACCUCAACGUGUCUACCUUGCACAAGGAACGUUAAGAGACCAAGUCAUUUAUCCCCACACCGAGAUGGAGAUGCGAGCCGAUAGCCGCAGUGAUCAUGAGUUAAGGUUGAUCCUGGAUGCGGUCAGACUGGGUUACCUACCUGACCGGGAAGGCGGUUGGGACUGUAGAAAGGAAUGGAAGGAUGUUCUCUCCGGUGGUGAAAAACAGCGUAUAUCUAUUGCACGUCUGCUUUACCAUGAACCGAAAUACGCAUUCAUAGAUGAAGGCACUUCCGCUGUCUCCCAAGAUGUUGAAGGCCUCCUUUACGAAACUGCCAAGGAACGCGGUAUCACGCUGAUUACGAUAUCUACUCGCGCUCAGCUAAAGAAAUAUCACACAUUCCAACUCCAACUUGACGGCCCUAACGGAGGAUGGGAAUUCGACCGGAUUGGCACGGAGCGCGAGAGAAGUAGCGUUGAGAACGAGCUGAGGGAACUGAAAGAGAAGGUCCAGAAUGUCAAAGCACUCCGAGAACGGUUAAAAACGGUCGAAGAGGAUUUAGCGAGGGUCUUUGUUACCGGUGGCGAAGAACUCCCGGGGUUCGAAGGGAAGAGCGGGGAGAGCUCUGGGGGGAUCAAGGAGGGCAGUGUUGUCGUGAAAAGCGGCAGCGGGACAGAGGAACACACUGCGGAGGAGGUAACGAGCGAAGAGACGAAGUCUGGUGACGAUGAGAAGGUUCCGAGCGAGGGGGGUGAGAACAAGGGGAAGCAAGUGGAUUUGGAGAAUGAAAGUUUUGCUGAUGCAGUGAAGAAAGGUGGUGAUGAAUAA